AUGAAUCCAGAGCAUAUUCCAACUAAGAAUGGUGUCGCUUACGAAGAUUUAAAUCGAGAUUUCCCAUCUUUGGAUAAUCAAGUUAAAGGCGGAUCGCCCACUGGUGUCGAAUUACGUGUACUUACCUUAAAUGUAUGGUGUCUUCCACAACCUUGGCCUAUUGGCAGCAAAGAUCGAAAGUUUCGCUUGAAAAAGCUUGCCGAUGCUAUUCUUGAGGAGAAAUACGAUAUUGUAGGAUUACAGGAAAUAUGGAGCAACACUGACUAUAUUGAAAUGGCUGAAAGACUAUCAUCAUGUUUUCGUUAUCAUCAUUAUUUUCAUUCUGGGUUCACAGGAAGCGGUGUCUGUGUAUUCAGUCGUUAUCCUAUAGUCUCAACGCUUACUCAUAGGUACUCGUUGAAUGGUUUUGCUCAUCACAUCCAUCGUGGAGAUUGGUUCGGUGGUAAGGUGGUUGGCUUGGUUGAAAUAGAGAUUGGUGAAAUUCGAGUUAACUUUUACGCAACACAUCUUCAUGCUGAGUAUAACCGUGAAAAUGAUCUUUAUCUUCCCCAUAGGACGUCGCAGUCAUUUGAACUGAGUCAGUUUGUUCGUCACACUGCCCAUGGUGCCGAUGUUGUUAUUGUAGUUGGAGAUUUCAAUAUGGAGCCGGAAGAUCUGGGGUUCAGGUUAAUUCUUUCGCAAGUUCGCCUGCUAGAUGCCUGGAGGCUUGCUCAUCCUGUCGAAUCUCCUGAUGGGAACCCACCGUCAGUUUCGUCGUUAAGUCAGUGUCGCGGCGUUGCGCAUGGUGGAACAUGUGAUCGUCCUGAUAAUUGCUAUACCGAGCAGAAAUUUAGAGAGAACGAUGAAAGCAAACGAAUUGAUUAUAUUCUGUUCAAGGGUGUUCAUAUGCCUGUCUCAUUAAAGCAGUGCGACAUUGCAAUGAAUAAGAUUCCUGAUGAAAACCUCAACUAUUCUGAUCAUGUAGGUGUACAGGCUACUUUCAAGAUUGCAAGUGGCGAGCGUGAGUUGGCAUGCGAAUGGGAGCCGAAUCGGCCACUGCUCAUUGAGGCGAUAGGAAUCGUAUCGGGUGGACAGCGGCGAGCACGUUCCGACCGAACGUGGUUCACUUUGACGGUUGUGAUGGCUUUCUGCUUAUGGUACGGCGUAAUAGGACUCACAUUGGAGAGGAAAGCUUUGAAAGCUGCCAAACAAUCCAUGCGACAGCUACUUAACGAUUAG